AUGAAUGCUGUGGAGUUUCCCAGUCAUCGACACCCUUUAAAUCUUAAAGAGUUAUCGUCUGAAGAAACAGAAGAAAGUCGAGUUUGUGGUUUAUGUGGAGAAACCAUAAAGGAAACCAACAGAGUUUAUGAAUGUUCCCAGUGUGAUUUUGCUGCACAUCUUGAUUGUGCAGAGAAUCCACCAUCACUUGUUAUCGAGAGGCCCAAGUUCCAUGAGCAUACUCUCACUCUCUUGCCUAGACAAGUCUCCUUCACUUGUAAUGCUUGUGGACUUUCUGGCGAUAAAUCUCCGUAUGUAUGUCUUGAGUGUUCUUUCAUGACACACAAAGACUGCAUAGACUUUCCACGCGCUAUAAGAAUCAACCGUCACCACCACCGCAUGUUUUAUACUUCCUUUCUAGGCUCCGGGGAACAGACUUGUGGAAUUUGUCGCCGGAAGAUGGACGGGCGAUAUGGUGCUUAUUCUUGUCUUUGUUGUGAAGAUUACUAUGUUCAUUCGAGAUGCGCAGUAAGACGAGACGUGUGGGACGGCAUUGAUGUAGAGGGUAAACCCGAAGAAGAAGACGGGAAGGAUGAUCUGGAGGAGUUCACCAUAAUUGAGGAGCGGUCAUUAAUUGUUCAUUUCUGUCAUGAACAACAUGUCCUAAGUUUUAGAUCCCAAUAUGAAUAUGCAGAUGAUGUUUGCUCUGGAUGUGCUCUUCCCAUAGCAGCUGAGAACUUUUACACUUGUCAGGAAUGCACUUACUUACUUCACGAACGAUGUGCUAAUCUCCCACGGGAGAUAACUACGUUUCUACAUGUACAUCCACUCACUCUUUGCCCGGAUGAUGAAAGUUCAUGUGGUCCUAAUGGCCCUUCUCGCUGUGGUUCUUGUCACUUGCAUUUCAAUGGGUUCAGCUAUCGUUGUUUGGAGUGCAAAGACGAUAACAUUGAAUUCGACAUUCGAUGUUCAUCAGUUUCUGAACCCUUAUUGGUCUCUAGUCAUGAGCAUCCGUUAUUUAUAGACGACGUUCCAACAGAUGAGAUCGAGGAGGCCAAGAUCUGUAGUGGCUGCGGUCUUCAAGGACCAAAAUAUAUUCUAAGUUGUUUUCAAUGCAGAUUCCAUUUGUGCAUGGCGUGUGCAACAAAAGGAGACGUGUGGGGCGGCGUGGAGGUCAUGAGAAAUAUCGAAGAAGAAGAUAAUGACGAGAAUGGUGAGCAAUCAUACUCCAUGAUAAGCGAUGGGGUAGUUCUUCAUAUCGGUCAUAAACAACAUCAUCUAAGACUUGAAGAUGAAUAUACAGAUGAUGUUUGCUCUGGAUGUGCUCUUCCCAUAGCAGCUAAGACCUUUUACCGUUGUCAUCAGGAAUGCUCUUUCUUUCUUCACGAACGAUGUGCUAAUCUCCCACAAGAGAUAACUACGUUUCUACAUGUACAUCCACUCACUCUUUGCCCGGAUGAUGAAAGGUCAUGUGGUCCUUCUCGCUGUGGUUCUUGUCACUUGCAUUUUAAUGGGUUCAGCUAUCGUUGUUUGGAGUGCAAAGACGAUAACAUUGAAUUCGACAUUCGAUGUUCAUCAGUUUCUGAACCCUUGUUGGUCUCUAGUCAUGAGCAUCCUUUAUUUAUAGACGACGUUCCAACAGAUGAGAUCGAGGAGGCCAAGAUCUGUAGUGGCUGCGGUCUUCAAGGACAAAAAUAUAUUCUAAGUUGUUUUGGAUGCAGAUUCCAUUUGUGCAUGGCGUGUGCAGCCUUACCCGAUAAGGCCAAGUACAAGUAUGAUGAGCAUUUGCUCAGCAUCAAAUCUGGUCUUGAAGAUUCUACCGGCGGAUACUUGUUGUGUGACGUAUGCGAAAAGAAAAUCGAAGAAAAGGGUAAUUACUACAAAUGUUUCAGUUGUGGUCCGGUUCUUCAUACCAAUUGUGCCGUUGGAAGUUUCAGACACAUGAGACCGUGGAUGAGUUUCAUCUCACUUGGACACGAGUACAAAGUGGUCCGAAAUGACUGGACAACACAACUACGUUGUAGCAACUGUGACAAUGAAUGCCACGAACCAUUGCUCUUGGUGUCUACAACUACUACUGAUGUUACUAUUUACUUGUGUUCUUCUCGUUGUUUCACUGCUUAUGUUCCGGUCUAA